AUCGAAAAGUAAAUGCAUCACGUCUUGUCUCCUGUUGUCUUCCUCGUGUGGAGGAGGAUCCGUGUUCUAGGGUAUAGGGAGACAGUCUAAAAGUCAUUGACGGUACACGCAACACGUGUUUUUACAACCCUGUACGCCCAACGAGAGGUCCGACGACCAAAGUAUGUCCGACUCUAAGGAUCCUGAGAAACAAGAACGACGAAUAACAGUAUGGCCACAGUGGUUAGCUGCAUGCGCUGUUAGCUUGGCUCCGCUCGUGAGUGGCCUCGCAAACGGUUGGUCAUCGCCAUAUUUGGCCCAAUUGACAUCAACGACAGCCGACAUACCUAUUACAGUGACGGAUUACGAAGCAUCCUGGAUAGCGUCUCUGUUAAAUCUAGGAAGAUUUUUCGGAGCUCUGAUCGGUUCGAUAAUUCAAGAGUAUGUUGGACGAAAGAAACAGCUUGUCAUCGGUGGUCUACCAUUGGCCUUGAGCUGGGUAUUCAGUAUAUGUGCAACGUCAGUUACGUGGCUCUACAUAUCGAGAUUCUGUUCUGGAAUUGGAUCGGGCAUGGUCUGGCUAUCCCUCGCUUUGUACUUGGGAGAGAUCGCUGAUCCGAAAAUACGUGGGGCUUUGAUAUCCAUGAACAUAAAUGCAGCGUCCGUGGGUAUGUUCUUGGGCAACGUGAUGGGUCCUUAUCUGUCCAUGGAGAUGUUCGGUUACGUGAGCCUCGUACCGAAUAUCCUCUUCAUGGCCCUCGUAUCCCUGAUACCCGAAUCACCGUACCAUUACAUCCUCCUCGGAGAUAUCGACAAAGCAGAGGCAUCUUUGAAGUGGUUCCGACGAGAAGCUGACGUGAAGGCUGAGAUGCGAGAGCUUCAGGAUUUCGUCGAUGGUGCUGAAAGUAGUAUUAUAAUGAAGCUCAAAGCAUUCAUACGUCCAGAUAACUUGAAAAACGCCAUGAUCAUGUUUGGUCUGAAUGUGAUAGUGCACGCAAGUGGAUACGCCAUCAUUAACGCAUACGCCGAGAUAAUCGUAAUUAAAUCUGGCAUAAAUCUUACGCCUAGCGUGGUCGUCAUGAUCUUGGGAUUCGCUACUAUUGUAGCUGGAGCUAGUGCGAUUAUUGUUGUGGACAGAUUUGGCAGAAGGUCUCUGUUAAUGAUAUCAAGUCUCGGUGUAACCAUUUCUCUCGGAUUACUGGGUCUACAUUUCCACCUCUUGUCGACUGGCAUCGAAUCGCAAAUCCUCGAGUGGCUACCACUCACUUCCAUGCUGUGUUACAAUAUUUUCUUAGCUUGCGGCUUCGUGCCUGUGCCAGGUGCACUUUUAGGAGAAAUGUUCCCAGCAGAUUUGAAAACAUUAGCUUCUCUUCUAUUAGGAUGUGGAAAUGCUUUGUUAUCCUUCAUUGCAACGAAAACUUUUCAACCGUUUCUUGACUUAACCGGAGAGAAAGUCGUUUUCUGGACGUUCGCUCUUAUUGUCGUGACCUGUAUCCCUUAUGUUUACUACUUUAUACCAGAAACAAAAGGAAAGAGCCUUCUUGAAAUUCAAAAGUCCGUCAAAAAAUAAAACAUCAAAGCGUUCCUUUUCAACAUAAUUGACCUCAAAUUCUACGAAAAGAUUCGUUUAAAAAAAAAAAUAUAUAUAUAUAUAUAUAUACACAUAUGUACAUUACUGAAGUAGACAAUACACGUUUCCAUAAUUAUUAAUGAUUAAUUUAAGAAUUUAGUAUUAAGAAUUACAAUAUUAUAAUUUAUAAUAUAAUGUGAUAUUUUACUUAGAAACUAAAGACUGUCGUAACACUGAUCGUAGAUAAUAAUUAUAACGAUAAUAUUAAUUGUAAGAAAUAAAUAUAACGAU